GUAGUGAGAAUGGAGGCCUAUUUGAAGACCAUAGGCUACGAAGGACGAAGAGACGUCACACCGAACACCCUCAAGGCCCUGCAGGCUGCGCAUGCUCGGACGAUUCCACUCGAAAACCUGGGGUUCAUGUGCGGAGAAAAGGUGCUGCACUGCCCCCUGGCGGUCUGUAGAAGAAUCGUCCUAGGCGGGCGUGGCGGGGCCAGUCCUGAGCUGAACGGCGCGUUCUGCUGGCUCCUGCAGCAGCUGGGCUUCCAGGCUCACCUGGUGGCCUGUGAGCUCUACGACCACCAAUCCGGCAGCUUCCUACCAGAGGGGUCUCACAUCGCAGUUCUGGUCGCUCUCGGUCGGAAGCGGUAUCUGACCGACGUUUCGUGCCCGACGUUUUCCAAAGAGCCGAUGGUCAUCGUGCCCCACAAGGUCCAGACGGACGCGGUCGGCAGCCGGCACCGCUUCCGCCGCCACGACGAGAUGACGUGGUCCUUCCAGAAAAUGUUCUACACCGGAUUCGAGGGACCUCUUUUCGAGGACUGCGACGUCGCUCCCGAUCCAAACCCUCCCUGGACGACAGUCUACAGACUCUCCCUCUUUCCCUGCGUUUUGGAAGACUUCAAGCACCUAACGACUGUGUUUUACCAAAAUGUCAAGUCGCCGAAAGGCGUCAAGCUAUUCUCAUCGCAGAAGGAACCCCUGAUUAUGAGACACACCGUAAGAGGGAAGAAGUUUCUACUUGGGAAACGUUUUUGCACGGUGGUGUAUAAAGAGGGCGUGGCCAGAAAAACCGUGACCGACAUCGACACGUCAGAGGAGCUGGCUGACGUCAUCUGGCGCGAAUUCGGAAUCAGGAUGUUCGAUGAAAAACAGCUGAUGGCCAAAAUUGACUUGUUGUUCGAGCGCAAAGUGAGAAGAUCCAGCAUCUAACAACGAAUGAUUGUAUUAUCACAUUACAAUGUUGCAAUGAACGAACUAGACGUUUAUACGACAGAAGAAGAAAAUUCUUCAGACAGACCUCAGAAAGAAAU